AUGAAACCGAUUUCUAUUAAUAAAAGUUUGCAUAUUCUAAGAGGCAAAAGUAAAUUUGUUCAUAUAGGCUAAGAUGUUAAAGAAUAAAUAUCUUUAAUACAAUAAAAUUUCGAAGCAUUAAAAAUCAAAUUAAUUAGUGAGAUCCAUUAUUUCAUUUCAAAAUAUAAUAUGUCUAAUUUUAAUAAAUCUCCUUAUGUUCACACCAUGAUUAAAUGCUAUAGAGGACUAGCCUAUCAAGACUUAAUCUUUUUCAACGAUUUUGGAAAAAGAGUAGUGAAUUUUCAUGGAGCAUUAGAAAGGGUAAGCUAUCUUGAAAAUUUGCCAUAAAAAAUUUAUGACGAUUAUUACAGGUGUGAGGUUGUCAAAAUUCCAACUUAAUCCUAAUUUUGCUUUGAAGACCUUAAGCAACAGAUUGAAACUGUUAUAAAAAAGCCUUAUUCUUCGUUCACAAAUAAUGGAUCAGAUAAUUGUAAAGAGCUUUUAGAGAAACUGAAUAUAGAUAGGUUACCAUCUGACAACUUUGAUAAAAAGGGUCUGAUUGCAUGA